AACUAAUACAUUGUUUAUUUACAAUAACGUGUUCAAGGUUAUGGAGCUGCAGCAUCCAAUGGCCAGGGCCCACAUUUAAAUGGUCAGUCAUCUCGGAGUAUAAGUCGCUCCGGAGUAUAAGUCGCACUGGCCGAAAAUGCACAAUAAAGAAGGGAAAAAACGUAUAAGUCGCUCCUGAGUAUAAGUCGCACCCUUCCCAAACUAUGAAAAAAAACUGCGACUUAUAGUCCGAAAAAUACGGUACCUAAUUUGUUCCUAUUAAGUUCAAAGCGUUAAAAGCUUUUUCAUUUAGGAAGGAGACCUCACAGUGGUGGAGGGGUUGGACGAAUGCUGAUGCCAUCUAAAGGUGUAGGUUCACCAAUGGGCGCUCACAAUGUAUACGGUGGAUACCCAACUAAAGGAGUCGGCUAUGGAGCAACAAAUGGUGCAGUGAGAGGUUCUGGUGGGAGACAAGGAGGAAAUCCAGCAGUUUCACCUAAUCGGGGCGGAGCUAAAUAUAAUGGAUAUGGUAGUCAAGCUGGCCCAAACAAUCAACAGCCAUUGAAAGGCAACGGUAGCAUUCUCAUUGAUUGUAAUUAAUACUCUUGUACAGUGUUUCAUUUAAAAUAUUUGCAUUGCAGGUUACGGCGCUCACGCUGGUGCCUUUGGUGGACAAGGAAAUAAAGGCAGCCUCACUUUUUUUUUUUUUUUUUGGAUAAUUUUUAUUUAUUCAACUAUUUGUUUUCUUUACACAGGUUAUGGAGGUGCUGCUGCUGGGGCCCAGAAAGCUAACAAAGGUCCAAUAAAUGGUCCAUUCAUUGAUUUUGUGCAGUUAAUGUUCCGUAAGCAAGGUCGGCCUUCCCUAUACGCAGAUCAGGCGCUGUGUGUAGGGCCCCAUGAUCCGUGGGAU